AUGGGAUCACAGCUAAAAUUCACCACCUAUUGUCCAAGUUAUAAACAAGAGUUUCCAUGGGUUGAUAAAUCUCAGCUUGGAAAUAAAUAUGCAUUUUGUGCAUACUGCAGUAAGGACUUCAAGAUAGAUUCCAUGGGAAGAGCUGCUCUUGUUAGUCACACGAGAAGCGGAAAACACACUAGAAAUGAAGAGGGACAUACGAAAAGUCUUAAUAUGGAUUUUUUCUUAAAGCGAAACGAUUCUCUAAAUAAUCCGACAAUUCUCUGGCGAUCUCUAACGCGUGUACUGCAAAUAAUAUUGCUAGGCCUAGUGGAGAUAUUAUGGCCGAAACUAAGCAAAUCAGUAAUGCAUAUUUAG